AUGCCUGCUUUAGACGACCUUCAAUUCCAAGAGUUUGACCCCCACUACUUCAAGGAUGUAAAGCCUAUUACAGGGCCUUCUCCUUAUGCUGAUAAGCCUACAGAGGGACCUUCUUAUAUUCCUCCUGAGUUACGCCAAAAGCCUCUUGUUCCUUCUGGUAUCUUUGCCAAUGAAUAUGGACAGCAUGGAAAGGAUAUUUCUCCUCUUUUGGGGCGUGAUUAUUCUGAAAACGUUCAGGUUGCUGAUUUUAUUGACCUAUUGCUUGAUGCUAAAUCAAGUGAGCAAGAUCGUGAAAGAGCUCAAAAUUUGAUUCGAGAUAUUGCAAUUGAGAUUUCUCGCAAGGGAGCCGUUGUUUUUAGAAACCAACACAAGUUGACAGUUCAGAAGCAGAAGGACUUUACUAAUCAGUUGGGUCUUUUGACGGGUAAGCCCAAGGAAAAUGGGCUACACAUUCACCCACGUGCCCCUGCAGGCGGACUUGUUGGUGAGGAUGGUAUUAUUGACCCUGAAGUUUUUUAUGUUUUUUCAUCCUUUGAUCGUGUUCAAGAUAAGCUUGCACUGGCUCGCCGUGGAGCUGCAUUCCCGUCUGCUGGAUGGCACACUGAUAUUACGUUUGAGCCAGUACCUGCCGAUUAUUCAGCGCUCAAGAUUGUUGAUCAGCCUGAUGAGGGCUCUGGUGGCGACACGGUGUUUGCCAAUGGAUACGCGCUAUACGAGCGGUUGUCGGAGCCCUUGCAAGAGUUUUUGGAGAACUUGACGGGUACUUAUUCGCAGCCAGUUAUUGAAGAUUUUGGUAAGGAUAAGGCAUUUGAUUUGUAUAGCCAGCCUCGCGGGGCUCCGGAGAACGUGGGUGAUAUUUUGACGGCAACGCAUCCGGUGGUUCGUACAAAUCCGGUUACUGGAUGGAAGAGCGUGUUUGCAUUGGGGACCAGUUUUACCAAGUUCAAUGAGUUGACACCUAUUGAGAGCAAGCAGCUUCGUGACUUUUUGAAUGAAUCUGUUGUAAAUUCGCACAAUUUGCAGGUGCGUAUUUCAUGGAACAGUAACCACGAUAUUAUCUUUUUCGAUAAUAGAUCGUCCUAUCAUACUGCCACUCGGGACUAUUUGGGGACAAGAAGAGGUAUUCGCACUAUUAGCAUUGGAGAACGUCCUUAUUUAGAUAAGAAUAGUGGAGUACAAAGUGAAGCCAUUUAUCGUGAACUUGAUGAGAAGAAUGGGACUUUUCUGAGUAAGAAAUAA